UUACUGUAGCUUCGAUUGUGUAAAAUCAGUCGCAUUCAUUAGUACAGUGUAGCUGAACAUAACAGAAAUUCAUUAUCAAAUCCCUAAAAUCAGAACGUUAUAAUCGAGUUCUUUAUGAUUUCUCUCUCGUAGAUCAAGGUCACACCCCCUUGUUCCAGGUCCUUCACCGAGCUUCCAGUUUUUCUUCCGGUGAAAAUCUCUCCGCAUUUUCCGGUGUGCUAUAAUGUCUCACUCUUCUGAGGAGGAUACUGAUAUCAGCGAUUCUGAAAUAGGUGAAUACGAAGAUAAAUGUUACGAGGAACUAAAAAAUGGAAGUCAGAGUGUGAAGACUUCGGACGAGAAAUUCACCUGUCCAUACUGUCCGAAGAAAAGAAAACGAGAUUAUUUAUACAAGGAGCUUCUGCAACAUGCUUCAGGGGUGGGUCAGAGUAGUUCAUCAAAGCGAAAGCCAAGAGAAAAGGCUACUCAUUUGGCUUUAGUGAAAUAUUUAGAAAAGGAUCUUAUGAAUGUAGAUGCUCCAACGGAACCAGUUGAUGAUGAUAAAAGUGAAACUCGCAUUGAUUCUGAUGAGCAGUUUGUAUGGCCUUGGAUGGGGAUAAUAGUUAACAUUCCAACUAGCAAAACUGAAGACGGGCGCAAAGUCGGGGCGAGUGGUUCCAAGAUUAGAGAUGAGUAUAGAAGUAGGGGUUUCAAUCCGGUACGAGUCAAUCCUUUAUGGAACUACAAAGGUCACUCUGGAACUGCUCUUGUGGAGUUCAAUAAAAACUGGCCUGGCUUAGAUAAUGCACUUGCAUUUGAAAAAGCGUAUGCGUUAGAACAUCAUGGGAAAAAGGAUUGGUUUGUUAAUACUGGGCCGAAGACGGGUCUUUAUGGAUGGGUUGCCCGAGCAGAUGACUACAAUGUGAAUAACAUCAUUGGUGAACAUCUGCGAAAGAUGGCUGAUGUUAAAACUAUACCGGAGCUUAUGGAAGAGGAGGCUCGGAGGCAAGAUAGACUCGUCUCCAAUUUGACCAACAUUAUUCAAGUGAAAGCCAAGCACUUAUCUGAGAUUGAAGCAAGAUGCACCGAGACUACAGCGAAAAUGAAUUCUGCCAUGACAGAGAAAGAUUUACUCAUUCAAUCUUACAAUGAAGAGAUGAAGAAAGUACAGGCAAGUGCUAAGGAUCACUUCCAAAGGAUUUUUAAUGAUCACGAAAAGCUUAAAUCGCAACUGGAAUCUCAGAAAAGUGAGCUUGAAUUGCGGAGAAUUGCUUUGGAAAAACGUGAAGCACAUAAUGAAAGUGAAAGAAAAAAGUUGGCAGAGGAGAUUGAGGAGAAUACAUCGAAAAAUAGCUCUCUUCAGAUGGCUUCAAUAGAGCAACUGAAAGCAGAUCAAAAUGUUUUGAAACUGGCUGAAGAUCAAAAGAAACAAAAAGAAGAACUCCAUGCUAAAAUCAUUCAGCUUGAAAAACAACUGGAUAUGAAACAAAAGCUGGAAUUGGAGAUUCAGCAACUUAGAGGAUCACUAAGUGUGUUGAAGCACAUAGAAGACGAUGACGAUGAAGAAGUUUUGAAGAAGGUAGAUGAACUGCAAAAGGGUUUAAGGGAGAAGGAACAGGCAUCUGAAGACUUAGAUGCAUUGAACCAAACACUAAUAAUCAAGGAGCGUAAGAGUAACGAUGAGCUGCAGGAGGCUCGAAAAGAAUUGAUUAAUGCUAUUAAAGAGAUAGCAACUCGAGCUCAAAUUGGUGUGAAGAGAAUGGGGGAACUUGACACUGAACCAUUCCUUGAAGCUAUGAAGCAAAGAUAUAAUGAGGAGGAAGCUGAAGACAAAGCUACCGAACUGUGUUCAUUGUGGGAAGAGUAUCUAAAAGACCCAGAUUGGCAUCCGUUCAAAGUUGUCUUGAUUGACGGGAAAGAAAGAGAAUUUAUUAAAGAAGACGAUGAAAAGCUGAAUGGACUGAGAGAAGAAGUGGGUGAAAAGGCAUAUAAUGCAGUGGUGGCAGCUUUAACAGAGAUUAACGAAUAUAAUCCUAGUGGGCGAUAUGUAACCUCUGAAUUAUGGAACUACAAAACUGGAAAAAGAGCAACUUUGAAGGAAGGAGUACAAUUUUUGUUGAACACAUGGAAACGCAAGAAAGGAAUGUUGUGAAGAAAGGAUGGUUGAUGUAGAUGGCGCAAAUAUAAUAACUUAUGCAUGGCAGCUGCUGGUUUGCACACAUCCAUAUUUGUAGAACUGUGAACUUAAGGUUAUCUAUGUUUAAGUGAGCUAUGGAUAUGUUAAACUAGUUAGUUUCACUAGACAAUUGGUAAUUUUCAAGACUCAAACUGCUUUUGCUCUUAGAGUGACAGUCUUUGUAUUAUCUCUAGCUCUAGCGUGUACGACAUGUAUGACUAUAUAUUAUUAGCCUUUUAAUUAUCAUGUUUCUUUCUUCUUC